AAAGGAGUCCCCUAGAUGACUCUUCCCCAACCAGGCACCAAACAACCAGUAAACGCUCAAAUGGCCGGACACGUUUGCAAGCAGGGCACACAAGCAUUUUAGGAAUUGCCGAUGACUCUGAACUUACUCGACCAUCUAUUAGAAGAAGUCCAAGGAUAGGAUAUUCUUAUGACCAAGGCAAGGACUCCACACUGAACAAAUCUGAAGGAGCAGCAGAUAAAGAGGAGGAUGAGAGCGAGAGCAAAUCAGAAGUUAAAAAUACUGUUUAUAAUUAUCAAACAACUCAGAGAUACUAUUCAACAAAAGAAUCUCAAACUUCUGUUCCGAAGCAGUAUGGGUUUGACCAAAAGACAACCUUGAGAGCUAGAAUACCAAAUGAAGCGGAGCCUCAAAUUCAAGCCAGCAUAUUGAAGAAGCAUUCGGAAGCUGUUAAUAAAAGUUCUAGUGUACAGUCCAGGGGACACUCUGUUUUCUGGAUUCUGGUGUGUGUGGGAGCUUGCAUUGCUGCUGGUGGAUGGUAUAUUUUUUAUCCACCACCCCCUACUCCAGAAACUGACCAAGCCCUGCUGGCAUUUCAGACCCAGAUGAAAAAGCUCAUGAGCAGCUACCCGAGUCAGGACAGCAGACUGUGGAAGAGAAUCCAGACCACCUUUGAGAAGCGUCUCAACGCCUCGCGACCUCAUUCGGAGCCUGUUAUCCUACUGCUCACCGCUGCAAAAGAAGCCGAAGAUGCGCUGAAGUGUUUAAGCAACCAGAUUGCGGAUGCCUUCUCCUCUUCUCAGCGCACUGCGACCAUCAGAAUCGAUGGGGCCGACAAAGCCACACAGGACAGUGAUGCUGUAAAACUUGCUGUGGAUCGAGAGCUGAGCGCCGGGUUCACAGGAGGCAAGAAGGCGGCCGUGGUGCAUCGGUUUGAGUCACUGCCGGCGGAUUCCACCCUAAUAUUUUACAAGUACUGUGACCAUGAAAAUGCAGCCUUUAAGGAUGUAGCUCUACUCUUAACUGUUCUGCUGGAGGAGGAGUCACUAGGAAGGGGUCUCACCCCAGUGGAAGUUGAGGAGAAAGUGAAAGAUUUCCUCUGGGCUAAGUUUACAAAUUCACACAUGACAGGUUCCUAUAACCGCAUGGACACAGACAAACUGAGUGGGCUGUGGAGUCGCAUAUCCCACCAGGUCUUGCCUGUGUGGCCUGAAAACACCCUCCCUCGGGAGAACUGCUUGCAGGUGAACUAAGAAAAGAAGCAAGGAGGAAGCAAUACAGAGAGGCGUCUGUUAGUGCCUGCGUAGGAAGAGUGUUUUCAGCUCUUGCUUCUGAACCGUUGUAAGGGCCAGUUUCAAGUCAAUUUAGGGUUUAUUCCUUUGAAAAGGAGGAGUUGGACAUUUUGUGCAAAGAACUUUGUAGGUCAUGGUGUGUGUCCUACCACUCUGCUCAACAACAUUUGAAGCCUUCUGUCCAGCUUAAGUUUGGAGAGCCGUGGAUGUCAGAGGAAGGCGCCUGUGGGAGUCAUCCCAUUUUGUUGAGCUGGGUGAUAGGAUAUGUGCCUGUGAGUCUGGUAAGCUGUCGUUCAAAAUCUCAUAGUCUUUGCAGUGGGGAAAAAAGAUUUCUUGAUAACUUGGAGAUCUCCAGCUGUGUGUAAGGUUACCUUGAUAUGAUUAGAUCGCUUGACUUGAAAGAUCUUUUGGAGAAUAAUGUAACUAGGAACAGCAAGCUAGUGAAGGCUAAUAGAGCCCCGUACUCAUUUUCUAUCUCCUUUCCCUGCUUGCAACAGACUAGAAGAAAUUGCAAAGACAAAGCUUCAUGCUUCUAACACUUGUCAUUCCAUCCCCCCGCCUUCCCCCGGUCCAUAAAAUUGACUAAGCUUUUUGUAACUGCAGAUUUUCAUAAUAGUUUCUGUGCUGACCCGAUCCGGUUAGUUUAUUUGGAAUUAUGAAAGUGAAUUAAACCAACCAAUAUAAUAAUUUGAAGGAGCAUUGCAGUUUGUUCAGUAUCUCCAUAGGUGGUAGAGACAGACGGACUUUUCUCGAUUUCUGCUUGUAGAGACAUAUUUUGUGGCCUGGGACUGGGUACUGAAUUCUGGUGCUUCUCAGCUAAAAAGGACUAGAAGUAGGUGUGCUUCAGUCUGAUGGGCCGUUGGAAGUCUACAUAACUGGUCAGUAUGGGAGACACUGAGUAAAGAGAAUGCAGCUUUUUCUGAGGGCAUGUUUUGCGCUUUCUGCGUCCACUAUUUAAAAGUGUAAAGUUAAUGCCCAGAUGUGCAGUAGUUUUAUUAAGGCCUGGACUAGAAAAGUGUCAGCUUUCUUGAUUCCUUUCUCAAGAUUUGUUCUAUAAAGGCUUAUAAAAGUCUUAUACAAGAAGCUCUUUGAGCCUCUUUUGUUGGGGGAGUGUUCCCUGUACCAGAGCAAAACACGAGUGGAAGGGAUUCCCCUGGUCUUAACCCUUUGCAUUGAGGUUAGUUAUUGUAGACACCAAGCCGCCAAACUACAUACUCUUAAUGUUCUUUCCCCCCACGAACAUGAAGCUUUCUGUAUCAAUACUACUCUGAUUUAAAAGACAUGCGGGUGGUGAACAGAUUUUGAGAGCCUUGUUUAAAAGUAGCCUGCAGCUUGCCACAGGCUGUAUCAUCUUUCAAUCUUGUGGGAAUGCACAUACUUUAAUGUGGAUUAUAAUAUGGAAACCUCAUAACUUUGCAGUUCCUGGCAGUUCAGUCUUCGGUCAUGUCAUUCAGCAUUUGAGUCUACUGCAUUUCCAGGAGCUUUUAAAAGCUGCUCGUUGCAUUUCGGAAGUGUGUUGUCAGAGCAGUUGCCCUUCUUUUUGAAGACCCGCUAGCAUGUUAUCCUUUAUCCCCGAAUUUGUUUGCUAUAAAUGUGACUUGAUAGUAGAACUCAACUUGUCUCAUAAGCACUGGAAAGAAGUCUUGAUUACGUUCAGAAGAAUUUUUCUUUAAGGUUGUUUGCAUGUAGUCCAUCUGCACAUUCCUUACCGAUAGCCAAUAAAACUGCUUCAUUUGAUUACCUUUAAACAGGCCUUCACACUUCGAAGAACUGAGUUCUGGGCCUUACCACUUAGACCAUGAAGACUACUUUAUUAGGGUGUGGAAGUGUGGUAGCAGCCAUGACACGGGAAUAUGAAUUGUUUUAUGUAUACAAGAAGACUUUAAACCUGUGUCAUAGUCAUGCCAGACGAAUGCUUUUUAAUAAUGUUGAUGUAUCAUCUGAAAAUUAUCAAGGAGCAAACAACUGAAUUGAGAAAGCUAUU